GUCAGGAAGUGGGGAACUAUCUAACCCCACUUGCCGGAAGUGCUUUUUCACUAGUACCUGGAUGUUUUUGCAGUUUAGCUCUCUGUCUCCCGGCGCGAGGCCGGCAGCAACAUGCUUCUGAUUCAGCCCUUCCACUUAGCUGUAAAAAUACAUUAAUCAGAACUGCCUGGCAUUUUCCUGAGCAAGACUUCAUGAGGGCCCAGUAUGCUUCAUUUCAUCCAGAAGUUUUCUCGAGCAUCUUCAAAGAUGCUGAAGUACCCUUUCACAGUUGGACUAGAAACCAGCAGAAUAGAAACACUUUCUCUUAAGACAUGUCUCCAGCAGAACUUUUCACCUUUGUUUCUAAGGCCUUGGCCUUUCUCAUCAUUUCCAGUGUGUAUGAGCAAGACACAAUAUUAUCAUACUUCCCCAUGCAGCUUUAAGAAGCAGAAGCAAGAAGUACUUCCAACCAGGCCACCAAAAACCAUCACUUACUUGCCUGACAGCCCAAAGCCAGCAUUAUACAUAACUUUGGCAGGUCUAAUCCCCUUUGUUGCUCCACCACUGGUCAUGGUAAUGACAAAGACUUAUAUCCCCAUAUUAGCUUUUACUCAGAUGGCUUAUGGAGCCAGUUUCCUAUCUUUCUUGGGAGGGAUCAGAUGGGGUUUUGCUCUGCCAGAAGGUAGUCCAGCUAAACCAGACUUCCUCAAUUUAGCUAAUAGUACAGCUCCUGUUUUGUUUUCAUGGUUUGCCUUUCUUAUUUCUGAAAGGCUCAGUGAAGCUAUAGUAACAGUAAUAAUAGGUUUGGGGAUAGCAUUACAUUGUGAAUUUUUUCUCUUGCCACAUUAUCCCAAUUGGUUCAAAGCCCUGAGGAUCGUAGUCACUUCAGUGGCCUUUUUAUCAUUUGUAAUCACUUUACUAGUUAAAGAUAUUUAUCCAGAGAAAGAACCCAAGGGACCUGGUAAAGUGGAAUAAAUAUAAAAUUACUGUGUAGAUGACGUUAGCAUGUUGGCUACAAGCCUUGUAAGGCUGUUUUGCAUCUCCUUUUUCUACUUCUAUUGUUUAGCUCUUUGUUUCACACCAAUGGUAAUUUAAUCUUCACAUUAUUUUUCAUUUCUAGAAAUCUUUAUUUCAUAGGAAUUACGUGAUCAACAGCUUGAAAAUCCCUAACAAGUCUUUUUCAUGUUCAUAUUAGGUUACAGCUCUCAUUCGGUCUUUUUAUUAAUUAUAUAGUUGUCCACUCAAAUAUUUCAAUGUUUUAAUUACUUUGAAAAAUAUAAUUAAAAAAGAUGAAAAACCCCUUUUACUAGAGCCUUAAGAUCACUGAAAAAACAUACACAUUCUUCCAUUUCAAGAGGAAAACUUCAUUUCCAUGAAUGUCUGAAAAUAAUAGGUGGUUCCAGGGUGGAAUUUUCAUUGCAGUUGUCCAUGGGAAUUGCAUUUCCAAGCUCAUUUUGUCUGAAAGGAUCUGUGGCUCUAAAGUCAUUUGGGAGCAGUGUCACGAGGGAAAGUCAUGUUUAAAGAAAAGCUGGACACAUUUUCCAGUUUUUAUCACAAACAAGACCAGCUGGUCAAACAUAUUUAAAAGAAUAAAGCCACUAAUACAUAUAAAUUUGGAAAAGUCAAGCUGGAGCAUCUUGAUGUUCUAACGAGAGGCUAUCUAGUUUUACAUGUUAGCUCAGAGAAUUUUUUUUUUUUUGGGGGGGGAAUU